AUGCCGAGCUCCAAGGUUCCCAAGCCCGGCCCGGCCAAGCUGAUGCCCGGCGCCGGCCUCGACGAGUGGCUCGAGGAGGCCAAGCAGUGCCACUACCUGCCCGAGCCCGUCAUGAAGGAGCUGUGCGAGAAGGUCAAGGAGGUCCUCAUGGAGGAGAGCAACAUCCAGCCCGUCGUCACCCCCGUCACCAUCUGCGGCGACAUCCACGGCCAGUUCUAUGACCUGCUCGAGCUGUUUCGCGUCGCCGGCGGCAUGCCGGGCGAGACGGCCGUCGAGCCUCCCACCAGCGCCAAGCCCGUCAUCAGCGCCGAUAUGAUCGAGCCCCCGACCGAGAUCACCAACCCCAAGCUGCGCAAGAAGAUCAAGACCCGCCGGGACAGCAAGGGCGAGACCGAGGUCACCGAGGAGGAUGACGACGCCGCCACCGACGAACCCUCGACUUCGCGGACCGCCUCGCAGGAGGUUGUCCCGGGCGUCCAGAACGCCAAGAUGCGAUUUGUCUUCCUUGGUGACUUUGUCGACCGCGGAUACUUCAGCUUGGAGACAUUCACCCUCCUGAUGUGCUUGAAGGCCAAAUACCCCGACCAGAUCAUUCUCGUCCGCGGCAACCACGAGUCACGCCAGAUCACCCAGGUCUAUGGCUUCUACGAGGAGUGCCAGCAAAAGUACGGCAACGCCUCCGUCUGGAAAGCCUGCUGCCAGGUCUUCGACUUCUUGGUGCUGGCCGCCAUCGUCGAUGGCGAGGUUCUCUGCGUCCACGGCGGCCUCAGCCCCGAGAUCCGCACCAUUGAUCAGAUCCGCGUCGUCGCACGAGCCCAAGAGAUCCCCCACGAGGGAGCCUUCUGCGAUCUCGUCUGGAGUGACCCCGAAGACAUCGAUACCUGGGCCAUCAGUCCCCGUGGUGCCGGCUGGCUCUUUGGAGACAAGGUCGCCACCGAGUUCAACCACGUCAACGGCCUGAAGCUCAUUGCGCGUGCUCACCAGCUUGUCAAUGAAGGCUACAAGUUCCAUUUCCCCCAAAACUCUGUCGUGACGGUCUGGUCUGCCCCCAACUACUGCUACCGGUGUGGCAACGUCGCCUCCAUCAUGACGGUCGACAAGAACCUGGACCCCAAGUUCUCCAUUUUCUCUGCAGUCCCCGACGACAUGCGCCACGUGCCAGCCGGCCGACGUGGGCCCUCGGAUUAUUUCCUCUAG